AGGCCGGGCACUUCUACGACAGUCUCGCUACGCCUGUAGCACGCUACGCUCGUAGCUGUUGCCGUAGCAAAAAAAUACACGCUACACGAAAAAAAUAUACUGUAACUCGACUAUUACAAGUAUUUUACAAGGUGUAAAGUGAUUUCGUGUGUAAAGUGACUUUUUGUGCUUUGUCGUGGAAUUCUCAACAAUGUCACUAGUACCACCAGGUGGUGGAGACUCGCCCAGUCCACGCCGCGCCGUCAGUCCCCUGCUCGAGUCCCGCAGGCCUUUCUGCACUUUAGCAUGUGACUACUGUGCCGCCAUCUUGGAAGACAAGUUUAGACGUAAUGCAGACAUGCGGAAUCGAGGAACAUCACCAUUGUCGGUGUCACCACGUCAGUCUCUCACCGGGGAGCCACCUUGGACAUUGCCGGAUGACGACCGACCGGACUUCUCUGCUCUAAAGGAAAACAUACAUAGGAUCAACAAGGACUGCGAAACAUCAACCCGCCUGGACAUGUUACUGACACAAGUUGAACAGUAUGCAAAUAAUUUGGAAGCCCUCGUCGAGGAAAGGACGUCAGACUAUUUGGAAGAGAAACGAAAAUGCGAAGAAUUGUUAUACCAGUUACUGCCUAAAUCCGUGGCCUCACAACUAAUAAUGGGUCAACCCGUCAUGGCGGAGACGUAUGACCAAGUGACCAUCUACUUCAGCGAUAUAAUUGGCUUCACCCAGCUCUCAGCAGAAUCCACACCUCUUGAAGUUGUUGACUUACUCAACGACUUGUACACCAGUUUCGAUUCAAUCAUUGAAAAUUUUGACGUCUAUAAGGUGGAGACAAUUGGUGACGCAUACAUGGUGGUAUCUGGAUUACCGAUGCGCAAUGGCAACCGUCAUGCAGCUGAAAUAGCUCGGAUGUCCCUUGCCCUCCUUCGAGCGGUGCGGGUAAAGACAGUUCCUCACAGGCCUGGAGAGAGAUUGCUCCUUAGAAUCGGAAUGCAUUCAGGUCCAUGUGUAGCUGGGGUCGUCGGUUUGAAGAUGCCUCGAUACUGUCUGUUUGGUGAUACAGUUAACACCGCAUCAAGAAUGGAAUCUCACGGAGAAGCACUAAAAAUUCACGUUAGCCCGAAAACUAAAGAAGUUCUUGACCUUUACGAUUGCUUUGAACUUGAGUGCCGGGGGGAGAUUAUAAUGAAGGGAAAGGGAAAGAUGACGACAUAUUGGUUACUAGGUGAAAAAUCAGGACAGAACGAUAGUAAAACCACAAACGAAGUCCUUCAUAAUGAAAAUACAAUUAUAAACAACCCGAGCAUCACAUUCCAAGGACCUGAUAGCCCAGCAUCUCAUUCAUUGACACACAGUCAAAGUCCUGAAAGAAAUGGCACUAAAGACAACAAACCACAGGAAAUUAUAACAGAAAGGGAACGCAUAAAACAUGAAAUAGCGACUUUUGUAGCUAAGGAUCUUAUCAACAAUAUAGAUAACGCUGUAAGAGAAUUCAGAUUAUCUCAAAGCGCAACUAUGGCUGCAGUGUUAAAUAGUUAUAAACCAGUAUGCAAUGGUAACAAAAAAGGCCUAAUUACUCCUACGUAUGAUAAAGAGCUCGUAAUAAACAAAGGAAAAGUGCGAGACGUCGUUAACAGGUUGAACAAUACUAUGAAUAAUACGAAUGAAGCUAUAAAGAAUACAAAAGGCGAAACUGGUAAAAAGUGAAGACUGAAUCUAAGAAUGAUCUCUAUGUUUCAGAGAGGAGUUAAAUGAUCUCAAUCACUUUAAUUAUUUAUUUAAAAUAUAUAUUAAUGUGUAUUCAAAGUAGUAUUAUAAUGUAGUGCAAAGCACGUAAAGUAACGGACUAGUCAAUGACAUAAGAAUUUUACUUAUAAAAUGAUAGAUCUUUACUAAUGUUAUGAAUAACGUUAGAUGUAGUUUUUAUUGUGGGUGACCAAAGAACCUACUCCGAAUUUUAGAAUAAGUAUAAUAAUUUAGAUUAUAAUGUAGACGAAAUAAAAUAUAUUAAUAUACUUGUAAAACGUCGCAACACAAAAGCGACAGAACAGAAAGCAGUAGUGAGAAUUUUUGUGAAUAUAGAAGAUUUCAGAUAACUAUUGUAUUUUACACUAGUCCCUGUAGUAUUUUUACUAACCUUUUGUACUUCCGUACCUUUUUAAGUCUUGUGUACAUACUUAACAAUUAUUGUAAACUCGAGUGAAGUUGUUUACUUGGCUCACGUGCUAUAACUACCAACUUGGCUUUUGUCUAUUUUUUAAAUGUUAAAAGUUUAUUAAUUUACUUGUUUAGAGCAUUUAUUGCUGUUAUUUGUUUGUCGUUAAGUCAGACGGAAUAUUAUAAUGUAUUAACGUUUCAUUUGAGGUUUCAAAGAUUCUAGUCAUUGUAGUCGUAGGUGUUUUAUUGUGAUAACGUUGUUACUUAGUGCAAGAUUUUUAUAAGAGCUGUGAGUUGUUUAUUUUAACUUUUAAUUAUAUGUAUAUGUGUAAUUAUUUCAAG